UCCAUAUUUUCCCUUCUAAAUCCUCUUCAAUUGGCUUCCUAUUGUGUUAAUAUAAUUGUUCAAUUUCACGCUUACGCAUUUACGAGCGACUAAUUACCAAAUAGUGAAGUACCCACAUUAUAUAUUUUUUUCUUCGUCGUAUAACUUAUCGAUAAUUUUUUCCUUUUAAUUUAAUAAUGGCCCAACUAGAUGUUUUAAUUCGAAAACGUAGUGGCAUGAAAGCCAAGCUUACAAAUUUUUCUAAUUAUAUUAGCUCAAUUAGCGCUUCUGGCAUAAUUUCCGAACUUCAACAUGAAUUGCAAUGUCGACUAAAUAAAUACGAGGCCUUAUACGAUCAAUUCGAUGAAUUACAGGUGGAGAUUGAGGUGUGUUCCGACAAGCCAGAGGACGAAUAUGAGGAACGUUCAAAUUUCGAAGAGCGUUAUUACGCGCUGAUGGCGCAAGCGCGCAGUCUGUUGUGCCGUGAAG